CCCUUCUCUCUCGGUCCCUGCUCAGACUGAUGAUCCUCCGCAGGGCCUCAAGAACAGUCCUAGCUCUCCAGAGCAGUUUGGGACACACCUCUCGGGGGAGCUGCGUAUUUCCGCGUGAUAGGGAAGCCCCGGCUAAGUCCGCUGUGCGUUCCAGCCCGGGUUCCAGGUCCUUGGGAAGUUCUUUAAGAGCCCAAUCCCUGAAGCAGCUCUAGCUCCUACUGUUCGGCCCCGCCCCUCCUCGAUAGAAGCCGGGAGCUGGAAGCUGUGAGCUCAGAAGCAGCCCAGCCCGGGGGCGUCAUCGAGCGCAGCCACCCAACUCCAGCUCCAGCUCCACGCCGGAGUCCUCAUCUCUUCUCCACCUCUUAUUCUUUCCUCCCUUCCCUUCCCGGUCCUCGAAAGCAGAUCCAACGCCCCGUUAGGCACCGAACCCGAAACGGGCAGCAUCUGCAGCCGGGACCGGGAGACAGACGAAACCUGUGGAACUUGGGAUCCUGGCGUUCUCAGAGCCCGUGACUGCUAGAGACUCCAAAUAAAGCCCCUCGCCUAGGGAUUUAGCUAGGCUGCCCUGCCCUGUUGCUCACUACCCGGGGCUGGGGAGCGAUGCAGGCUGCACUGUGAGCCCCAAGCAGCAGGGCCAUGUCCGGCUCUCGUUGCCAGACGUUGUACCCCUUCACUGGAGAGCGGCACCGCCAGGGGUUGCGCUUUGACGCCGGAGAAGUGCUCACGGUGCUUCAAGUGCCAGACGGGGGCUGGUGGGAAGGGCAGAAAGAGGACGGACUCCGUGGUUGGUUCCCCGCAAGCUAUGUGCAGUUGCUAGAGAAGCCUGGAAUGGUUCCCCCUCAGCCUGUGGAAGAGAAUCAGAUUUCCUUAUUGCCAUCUGGCUGGGAAAGCUACCUGUCUCCUCAGGGCCACCGAUACUAUGUCAACACAGUUACCAAUGAGACUACAUGGGAGCGGCCCAACGGUUCUUCUCGGACCCCAUCAAGCUCUGGCCCUCAGAAGAACUUUCAGCCUACAGCAGUGAACGGCUACCACUCAUCAGGGACCCCAGUGCAUCAGACAGAACCUGUCCACAUGAGUCUCCGAAAACCCAUUGGUGAUUUCCAGAACCCAGGAUCUCCAUCUCCAGGCAAGAAACAGAACAAGGAAAGCACCAUCACCAUAAACUGUGUGACUUUCCCACAUCCUGAUACAAUGCCAGAGCAGCAGCUGUUGAAGCCCACUGAAUGGAGCUACUGUGAUUAUUUCUGGGCUGAUAAGAAAGAUCCCCAAAGCAAUGGCACAAUGGCUGGGUUUGAGAUUCUUCUUCAAAAGCAACUGAAAGGCAAACAGAUGCAGAAGGAAAUGUCAGAAUUCAUUAGGGAAAGAAUUAAGAUUGAAGAAGAAUAUGCCAAGAAUUUAGCCAAGCUCUCUCAGAAUUCCUUGGCAGCCCAAGAAGAAGGCUCCCUAGGAGAAGCCUGGGCCCAGGUAAAGAAAAGUCUGGCUGAUGAAGCUGAAGUCCAUCUCAAGUUCUCUUCCAAGCUCCACAGUGAAGUGGAAAAGCCCCUGAUGAAUUUCCGUGAAAAUUUCAAGAAAGACAUGAAGAAAUGUGAUCAUCAUAUUGCUGAUCUGCGGAAACAAUUGGCCAGUCGAUAUGCCUCAGUGGAGAAGGCACGGAAGGCCCUUACGGAGAGGCAGAGAGAUCUGGAGAUGAAAACCCAGCAACUGGAAAUCAAACUUAGCAACAAAACUGAAGAGGACAUUAAAAAAGCCAGACGGAAGUCAACACAGGCUGGAGAUGAUUUGAUGCGCUGUGUGGAUCUCUAUAAUCAGGCCCAGUCUAAGUGGUUUGAAGAGAUGGUGACAACUACUUUGGAACUCGAGAGACUGGAGGUAGAACGGGUAGAGAUGAUUCGGCAACAUCUGUGUCAAUAUACACAGCUGCGACAUGAGACUGACAUGUUCAACCAAAGUACAGUAGAACCUGUGGAUCAACUCCUGAGGAAGGUGGAUCCUGCCAAAGACAGGGAGCUGUGGGUAAAAGAACAUAAAACCGGAGAUAUUCGACCUGUAGAUAUGGAGAUCUAGACUGCUUGAGUCAUUCCUCUCAUGGGUUUAUUGUUGGAAUUUGGGGAUCCUAACAAUAGAAGGGUCCCUCUCUUUGGGGUCCAUUGUCAUGCUGGGAAGAAUCUGUGCUGCCAUCCUAUCCAUUGUCCUGUUUGGUGAGGUAGUUGGAAUGUCUCCAUUCCCCACCCUAAUCAGAAGACAGACAUAUACAUCCUUGUCUUUAUUACCAUCAUCACUAAAGCCACCAACUCCCCAUUCCAUGCCAUUCUCAGAGACUUCACUUUCUGGAAUAUGGCAUUUAUACUCAUGUGACAUACUUAAAGACCUAACUGUAUAAUAUACUUGUGAUUUUUGAGGUAUCACCUCAAGGUGACAGGGCCUAAAUCUCAGUAAACCUAAGGGCUCCCCCUCUAUGGAGUUUAAUGGCUAGGGGAGGCUAUUAACUCCUUUUUCCAAAAUGAACACUCAAAUGUGGGUUGGGGUUCGGGGGAGAUAGUCUCAUAAUUAGAACAUCCCUUCUAUGUCUAUCCAAGUCCUUUAUGAUCUGUCUGGUUCUGGGAGCCUUCCCCAUUAACAUCUUCUGUAACAUUUCAUCAUAGAAUUAUCUCCUGAGGUCUAAGAGGGAAUCCUGGAAAGGAGCCCUUGCUUCCCUUAUUACAAAAACAGACUCUGCCCUUCUUUAAAACCAUACAGUGAUAAUGGUGGAACUACCUCAUUAGGCCAAACUAGCCCCCAAUUUUGAGCGUUCAACUUUCCCUUCUCAUUUGCCACAAUGUUUUUGUUUUUAUUUUCUUUCUGCAUGGACCAUACUUCUCAAUUCUUGGACCUAUAUCCUCAUGCUGUACUGUUUUGGGAAAUAUCAAGUUAGUAAUCAAAGCCAGGGUUUCUUUUGUUUGUUUUUGUUUUUGACUUUCAGAUUGCCCAGUCUCACCAUAUGUAUUUUGGAAGGCCUUACUUUUCAGUGUCUCAUUCUGCUCAUUCCAGUGGUUUAGGAGCAGAAUUCAGGAGCAGGUUAUGAAUUACCUGCAUCCUUCUUCCUCCCUCCAUCAUUCAUGUUUACUAUUCUCAUCUAGUAACUGUCCUCUCUGUUUAUAUCACAGUGAUUGAGUUUUUUGAAGCAUGGAUAUUGAUUUAAGAAGUGAUAAUAUGAUUCCUAUAUUUAAAAGCUCCUUCUCCUAUUCAAUCCUGUGCCAUCUUACUAGAUACUAGUUGCAAUUUUCCAAUCCAGAUCUUUGAUAACAAUAUCCUUAGAAGUUUUCUAUCAUUGUCUCUCACCUGUGGAAUCUGCUCCAAACUCUAUUGAUUUCUUUAAUAGAAAUCACGGCUCCUGAUUCUAACUCUGACUUUCCCCUUCUUUAUGACUAUUUCUUCUCAUCCCUUCCACCUUAAUUGGCACUAUACAAAGAUUUUUUUUUCUCUUUUCAGUUGUUACUCAUUUUUGACCUUCAGUUCUAUUAACUAGUUCCCAACAAAACCAAAACCAAAAGACUGAUGAUUGAUUGAAAUGUAUUUACUAUUGCUUCCUUCAGGACUUUAGAUACCUUCUCCCUCAUUUUUAUAUUGUACAUCUCUCCCACAGCAGCAGCCCUGAAAAUUAGUGCAUUAAAGCUUCUUUAAAUCAUGUGUGUGAGAGAGUGUGAAAAUCUGAGAGGGAGAGGAAGCACUCAUUACAUCUUAAUGCUUAAAUGUUGGAUUUCAUAGACUCUUUGACUCAUAAGGAACUUAGAUAACUAGUCUAUCCUUCUGUAGGACCAAAAAAUUUAGAGCUUGAAAGAACCUCAGAAGAUAUCUAAUCCAAUACCAUUAUUUUACAAAUAAAGAAACUGGGAUUCUGAGAGAUUGAAGUAGUAAGUGCAAAUUUUCCAUUCUACAGUGAUGCUCUUCUGAGUUACAUUAAUAGAGAUCAGACUUAGUGGUAAAUCUGGGGCAAUCUAAAGGUUAUCUAUAUUUUCUCUCCCCUGCUGUGAUUUUUAAUUUGCAUCUGUGUUAAGUAGCACAUAAAUGAUAUCUACUCACUCCAGACAAGGGCAGGAAUGUAAGGUGGUGCUGGUUGUUUCUUUCAGACUGUCCAUAGUAUUUCACUAGUUAUGUCCUUCGAAUUCUUCUGUAUGGCUCACAUGAGCACAGAAUAUCUCACUCCUCCUACAGUUUCUUUUGGAAGAUGGUUAAGCUACUAAACUAACAAGAAGGUGAUUAUCUUUUUAAAAUUCUGAUUAAGAUCCUAGACAGAAAGUCAAUUUUUUCCAAAAUUUUGGAAAGUCAAUUUUGGAAAAUGGGCAAUACAAAUAGUCACUACAAAAAGGAUGGAGAAUGGGUGAUUAGAUUGAGGUUCCCCGGUGAUAUUUAAUUAUUGGCCAUAUGAUUGUAAUUUCUUGGUUUUUGUUUCUUUUACAAAAUAAGAUGUGGGUAGACUGAAGGAGUAGGGUUGAAGGGGACUGAGUGGAUGAAGAAUCACCUUUGGCUCCAUAAAUAUAUGUUUACAGGUAAUUUCAAGUGCUAAACAAAGGUUAGGUAGUAGUAGUAUAUUAUUAAAACAGUUAUUCCAGGGAGUUUUGGCUUCCUUCAUUCUAUCCUUUAGGGGACCUAAAUUCUUUCUCUCAGUGUGAAAUCAUCCUUCCUACUUUCUACUGGCAAAAUACUGACUGGUCAUUUGUGUUAUCAUGACAAAGUAGUUUGUUCUGCUUCCUAAAAAAGUCACAAGAACUUGUGAUAUUAGAAUAAUAUGGGUUCAGAUAUUUGCAAUUAAGCUCAAUCAUUCUUCUGCAUAAUAGUAAUAGUAAUAAUAAUAGUAAUGGCUGUUCUGAGUAAUAGUACAGCCAUUUCCAAAAAAUUACAGCUUCAUUUAAUUCUACCUCCAAUUCAUCAUUGAAGUUUUAAUGUCUACUUCAAAAGCUGUGAAUUACCAUCACAGAAGCAUGUCUUCAAUCAGGGUGGGCAGGGUAGAUUUCUUGGAAGUAGAGAUCUUGUUUAACUGUUGAAAAAAAAUUGUUUUAUUUGAUUCAGUCACAGCAUGACUGGCAUGAAUGGGUUGCUAUCCAUACCAUUGGUGACAGUGCCUAUCAAGGUAAUAUUGAAAUAUUUUGAAGCUGAAUAAGUAGAAGAAAUUUGAGUUAUUAAAACCAGAUGAAAGUGCUUGAGUGUUCAGGAACAUGAAUGUUAUAAACUCCAUCAGAGGGCAGCUCAUGAAUUCUUGCUUACUAAAUAAGUCAAGUAUUUAUUGAGUACUGUUAUGUAUGCAAAUCUUUCUUCAGAUCAUAAAGAACAAUAUUCCAAAAGCUUCUGUAUGGAAUAUGCUGAACAUUGAUAUAGUUCAUGUUUUUUUUUUUUUUUUAAACAAUCCUCCAAAAAAGCCAUUGGCAUUCAACAUGAAUUGUCCUGUUGCCAUGACAACCCUCCACUUGGUUUUUUUCCCUUUAGAAGCAAACUAAACCUCCAUCCAUCAAUGAUAAAAACUCCGCCUUAUAAUUUUCUUUGCUCAAUUACUGAUAAUUAGGAUUUCAGCAUCCCCAAUAUAAAUUGAUAGUAUAACUAAAUAGAUUGGGGUAGGGAGAGAAAAGUGAAGACAAAACUUUAUUAAUUACUGACUAAUGCUUUGUCCUCUUAAUUUUAUCUAUUGGGCCCUUGUCUCAGGUAGUUAUUUAUUUGUUAGGGCUACAUGAACAAUUACUAAAUUCAAGAAUUAAUUUUGUUCACAUUUAUAUUUUUCAAACUAAUUGCUUUUUUAAAUGAAGAUCAAAUGAAAAAAAUGAAGCAAGUGAAAGUAUUGGCUGAGCCUGAGUUCAUUGGAACUUAGAAGUCCAAACUGUGAAAUUCAAAUAUUUGCAUUUUCUCCUGGCCUCUAUGAGCCUUAAUAAAUGUUAGACUAUUUUAUUUCUAACAAGUGGGUAGCCCUCACUUUAAUAAUGUAAAUAGGACAUUAGUUUAAUUAAUUUGCACAUUAAAGUUCUUUAAGAACUAUAUUAUGUCCAACUUGCUAUAUCAUCAUUUCCCAUCCUCCUGCCUUCAGGAAGGAAAAUGGCCUAUCUAAUUCUUUAAAGAGAUGAUUUGCAUUGGAAAUUGGCUUCCUGUCCUCUGUAUUCAGCUCAUUUUCACAGAUAUUUCUAGCCUACCCAUUCUAAUUGUAAAUAUACUUCUCUUCAAACGCAGUGGUGCCCAUGAGCUACAUUUUACUUUUGGACUUCCAAAUUCAGAUAUGGGAGAAAUAUCUCCUCUUUGAGUUCAUGUAUUGAGUAAUUGCUGCCAAAUAUCUAUUUAUCAAAAGGUAGAAAUUGUGGAAGUGAAAACCUAAGUUUUAUUACUGUGCAUGACCAUAGAUUCAGGUCUCACAGAAAACAUGAACAGUCAUGAAGAUUCUGACAAAGCUUCUUAUAGAGUUGGCAAAAGUGUAUCAGAGUAACAGAGAAAUAAUUAUUUUACAUAUUACAAUCUUCUUAGGUCAUAAAAGUUAAAGAAAAGACAGAUCCACAAACCCAUAAUUCUUUUAAUGUCAUAAAAAUUGAAGACUAAAAUAGAAUCAUAAUCUCAUACAUCCCCAUAAGAAACAAGCUUCAUCAAACAAUAAAUAAAUUAAAUCAGGUUACAGAAUAAACUACAUUUAGAGGAUUCACAAGUAGGCUAACUGAAAAAGUAGAGAAUUUAUAAAUCACCAAAGAGUAAGGGACAGUUGCACUUCUGCCUCUGAAUUCUUAUUUAAGAAAUGCUAAGGGUUAUGGAUAAGUUAUCACAUAAUAAGAAAGGUUUCAAUCAGGUGAGGUUAAUAUUAGGAUAGAUUUCUAUUUAGUUAACCAAAAUUUGCAGUAAGAAUGGCCUUGAAUCCCAAAUAGUAAAAAGGAAAUCAAAAAUUCCUGUAACACUGGUUUACCCAAAACCAGUUUUUUUUUUUCAUGUGUUUCACACAUAUAUCUAUUGACACCAUAACGCCUAGCCAGUUGGGUCUCUAUGUUCCUAUUACAUAAUUAUCACUGAAGGACAUUUAGUGAACACCAAAAGAUAGCAUGGCUAGUAGGAAAAGCACUGGACUAAAAUCAGAAGAUCUGAGUUCCAGUCCAAUCAUUUCUUUGAAAUAACUAAGUCACUUCAUCUCUGUGUCCUCAGAGUUGAACCUAACCAGACUAUCUCUUUAUUGAAUCAUUUCUAGUUUUGUGAAAGGACUUUAUCAUAGCCAAACUAUAUCUGGGAUAUUUCACCCUAUCUUUGACUUGACAAAGUCUUCACAAAGUUUCUGGCUAACUCUUAGGAAAGAAAACCCAUUUCAUCUUUGAAAUUUGAAAAGUUCAGAAAUAAUAGUCAUCUUAGGAUUUGAACUGAGGCAGAAUAAUGAACCCAUAGGGAUAUCAGAAAUAGAGUAGAUUCCCUCAAUAAGACUCAUCCCGUGGCCCUAGCCUCAGUUUUUAUCAUCUGUGUCUCCUAUAUACCUUCUGUGGCAUGGGCAGAAAAGGUUUUGGCCUCCGGACUUAAAUCUCCAAAAAGAUAGAGAAACCUAGGCACCUCACAACCAUUUUCACUGUCACUCACCACUACACCUAUAAUUGUUGUAGAAAAUUCUCUAUUCUAAAAGAUUUCUCAAGAACCAUCCUUGUCUGUAUCUUACUCAAAAUAAUGGAUAUAACCCCCUUCUUUCCAAAUAAUGUUGUGCUUUCAGACCUUAAUGAAAAGUGACCUCUGGGACAAAACCCUGAAAUGUCUCCAAAGGACAUUUGGUAUAUUCAGAAUCAGGGAGAACAGAGCACAGGGUAAGGGAGUCAAGUGAGUUCCAAGUUAGAAAUUUAGGAUCUUUUCUACAAGGUCUAUCUUAAUUUUUGCCAGUUUCAGUACAUCCUCCCUCUAUCUAACAUGUAUAGUGUGAACCACCUCAUUCAAAUCACAGCAUAUGAAUAUAAGGGCAAAUAAUUCAGAUAAUGGAAUCAAAGCACCCUUAUUAAGGAUUUUGUACUUAGAACAGUCUAUCUUUUUUGGAGCUUCUGUAGGGAGCUAUUUCUUGGUGGUUGGUCAUGAUAGACUAAUAUCUCCCUCUUGCUUAGUUGUCAUGUAAUAAAAGGUGUUGAGUUGUUCCUUGAACACUUUCAGUUCAAGGGAUCUUUCUUAUUACCAAGAUUGUGAAAUGAGGAAUUCAGAGAUAUAUGCUUCUAAAUUGGUUGUUGAUUGAGGAGUGAGAUGCCUAAGUAUGCCUUGGUGGAAGGUGACCUCUCUGGGGAUCUGGGGAUCUUGGGUUUUAAUCCAUCUCUGCUGAUAAUUUGCUAUUUUAUCUUGGAGCAAAUAAUUUCACCUAUGCCAGCACACUGGAGCAUUUGAAUAGAACCAUCUGGGCCCUUCUCUGGAAGUCUUGCAUCCUUACAUAAUUUAAUUUUGUUUUACAAUACAUACCAUCCCAGUAUCUGGUAUUUACUGAUGCCAAGAAUCCUUCAUCUAAUGCCUAGUGGCAUUGUCUGGAAAAUAAGUUCAGAUUGGAAGGUCUCUGGGGUUUUCCUUAGAACUUUAUGUAGUCCUCUUUCCUCCAAUUCUUCACUACCAUCAUCACUCCCAGUCUUUGAGAUCCUGAGAGGAAAUUUAGCUGCAGACAUUGGUGGGGAGCAAGGAACUGAAAUAGGGGAAGAAAAAUCAGUAAACUGAGCAUUUAUAACUGUUGGCAGGAGGCAAUAUCCCCAGCGUGCAACUCUUUCCUUUUUUCCCAAGUGAUUCUAUACCUUUCUCCCCCUCAAGAUUGAUGAUGGAUGGGGGGGUAGUCAUUCUGGAGAUAUCAACAUAUUGCCUUCCACUAUCAAAAUGGAAUUUUUUAACAAAAUAAACUUGCUUGUUUGGUCCCUUUUCUGUAACUUUUGCUAAAUACUUUAUAUGUUUUUUAAAUUAAAAAGCUGUCUCCUGCCAACAUUACUCAUUCACAUUCUAUAUCUUUCCAUCCUCUUUGGCUUCAUAGAUUGGUAAAUAUAAUUGAUGUAAUAUAAUUUAUAAGUAACACUGUUGCAAUUCUGAUCUCUUUGGAACUUGUAACCUGUUUUUACUUUCCAUAUUGGCAUUAAUAUGUAUUAAGGCUGAAGAAUUAAAUGUUUAAAGGGUUUUAAUUCUGAAUUUGUUAUAUAUAAUUGUUCUGUAUUAUUAUAAAGCAUUUUCAUGAACUUAAACUCUAUUUCUUUAUAUUUUUCUGCAAGUUGAUGUAUACACUUCAGAUGCUUAGUCAUUUCAUGUAAAAUAAACUGUACAGAGACACAUA